GGGUUGAUUUCCUCUACUAUGGAUGGGGAUAUCUACGAUCAAUUUAGGGAGACCAUUGACAGAAGGCUUGGAGGAGUGAGGGCUGAAGCCAAAUGAAGAGCGGCAAUGGGACCACCGCCCCCUGCCAUGUUCAGGCUAUGGCAGGAAAAGGAGGAACCUCCGUUUGGGAUGGAAGGAGUGGGAAGUGAUGAGGAAGUGACUCAAGGGCUACGAGGAGGAAGUGAGACAGAAGAGGCCAUAAUCAUCGAGUCAGAUGACAAGGAGGAGGAGGAGAGAACACAGCCUCCGUCCGUCUUAUUUAAGAAGAUGAAGGACUUGCUGGAUAAGAUGGGGAGGUACCAACAGAAGUUGGUGGGCCUCUGUAAAGGAGUGAAAGGAUGGAAGUCUAAUGUCCCCACAGUAUUCCUCUAUGACUCCGGCCCGGAGUCAGCGCCUGGGCGACCCRGAGUAAAUGUGGUAGGAUCGUGCCCUCAACCAGGAAUGAGGGGGAGACCCCUCACUCCGCAGGCCCGACUGGCACAGGCAGCGCGAACGAGGAAUCAAGCCAAGGCCAGUACCAGCCAAGAGCCUCCAAGGGGGGAACACGAACCAGGGAGAAGGAAGGAGGCUGUGGAAGUAGAGGACGACGAUGACGAAGAGGAAGAGGAUGAGAGGCUGCGCAGAGAAGAGGAUCAGAGAGCGAAGCAGAGGGCAAGGAAAAAGGGGAUCAGGGGAGAGGCCGAACCGGUCAUAAAGGACGGACCGCCCAAAAAGAAGAAAUACGCGGUCCGGUUGGAAGAAGGAUUCGAUGUAGAGAAGGUGAUUGACCGGCUGCUGGAAGGGCAUAAUGACCUCAUGACCCUGAAGGAAAUCCUAGCGUCAGCCCCGCGACUCCGCGAUGAACUGAAGGGGAGGUCAUCACGGCGCCUGGUGCCCAAUGUCCAUCUGGGUACGAUCCUGCCCAAGGAGGCAGAGUGGGCAGAAUCAGGUACGAAGAUGGACUGGAAGUGCGUAGCCUGCGGUACGGUGGAUUUGAUGGUGAAGGGUUCCAAGUGCGCAACAAUGGUGGACACCGGGGCAAAGAUGAACAUUAUUCGGGAGGCGACGCAAUCAGAUUCGGGUUGGGAAGGGGAGGCAGUGGAGAAUACGCCCCCAGUUGAUGGAUUUCUAGAUCAGGAAGAAGAUGUUCGUCUUCAUAUCAACAAAUGGUCGCCGCGAGUGCCUAGCUGUGUAGGCUAUCCUAUCUGGCAAGCGCUGAAGGGGUAUGAAAGGAGGAAUGAGUUAGUCCUUAAGCCCUUUAAAGAAGAGGAUCCCUGGGGCGGUAAGGAUGUUCAGUGGAUGAUGGAAUUAGCGCUGGCCAGCUCGCAUAGCCGGGUGGAGGAUAUGAGGACGAUUGAGGAAGGACCUGGCCAGGUAGAACGGCAUGAGGACCUGAUGGGAGGAAUGUAUCUCCUCGUCAAUACGUUAUUGCAGGAAAGCCUAGACCAGUCAGGUUCGUUGAACCCGGCAGAGAAUAGGGACGAAAUACCCGAAAGCGAGGACGACGAGUUCGAAGAAGGGGAAAUUAAGAAGGCUUUUCGUGCAGAGGAGUACGAUGGGAUCUACCUAGAGCUGGGGCUUCUUCUGUCAUGUGAAAUGCGGCUUAGAGAUGCGAGCGAUAGGGCUCAAAGGAUGCUGCAACGCUACUUAGUGCGAGACGGUCACCUUUUCGUGAGAAGGGAAGUGGGGAAUCCCAGGAGGGUCGUCUGCGGUAGGAAUCGUCAGAUCGACGUCGUAGCAGCACUACACGAUGGCAUUGCAGGAGGGCAUCGAGGGGUACAAGCCACGUAUGCCAAGAUAAGUGAGCUGUACUACUGGGAUGGAAUGAUGGACAUGGUUGGAAAAUUUUGUCGAUCUUGCGUACCCUGCCAGGAGAGAUCCCGUUUAAGGCAGGGAGAGCCGCUGCAUCCAAGGUCUGACUUUACGACGACAGUCAUGCCAAAAGGAGGGAAGGGGACACGGCUGCCUCAGAGGCCGUUGGGCGCAUCAGGAGGAUAUGAGCGGCAUGGGCCUCGCCAACGAGAGAGUACUCCAGUCUACAAUGAUAGGGACAUCGAGCUAUUCCUGGACAGUUUCUGGGAGCAUAUGAGCGGAGAGGAGCAUGGAGAGCAAGCAGAGGAGGUGUCACGAGGGGAGGUGCCACGAGAGGAGGUGCCACCGGGGGAGAUACCACGAGAGGAGAUGCCGCGGGAGGAGGUACCACAGAAAGAGAUCCGGGGUACUCAGCAAGAGAGAGGGUUGGGCGAUGAGGGGAGACGUGCAGGAAAGGAAGUGAUAGAGGUUGGAGAGGACACGCCCCCACAGACGCCAGUAGUGGGUUUGAGACUCGGGGAUGCACCAGGGAGCACCCCACCGGCAAAUGAGGGGUUGCAGAGAGAGGAGACCCCUUUACCUUCGUCAGGAAAGGCUCCUUCGCCAGAAGAGAGGGCAUCUGUUAGGAGAGAAGCUUCGAUCCUGAUUGAUAGACACCUAGCAGCUCAUGCCCUGGAGCACCCAGACCUGGAGGAGCCAGCACCUGCAGAGCCACGCCGCGAGCGGAGGUUGGAGGCAGCAGGGGAGCUCCCGGAGCAGAAGCAGGAGAGGCAGAGAUCGGAGGCAGCAGGAGCACUCCCGGGUCAGCCAGCCAAGGCCCCGGAAAUUCCUGAAAUGUGGAGAGACUUCUGGGAGCAGAGAGGAGAGGAGCUUCCAUCGCCAGUCAGAGCCGGGUUUGGGGUGGCCAAGAAGGCGGAAGAAAGGUUAGAUCGUAAAAUCAAGUUCCUGGCCAAGACCACUUUUGAUCGGCACUUGUUAUUGGAGGGCGAUCUGGCGGGGAAGAAAAUGAAGGAAGCCAACCAUGGAGUACGUCUGGAGGCUAUGGAGGUGGAAAUUCAGGAACUUAGGGCUUUGGUAGCCAACCAGGCAGCUAUCAUUGAGAGCCUGAGGCAGCAAACCCAGGGAAAGGUGGACAGACCAGAGAGCAGCCGGCAGGGAGAGCAGAAGCAGCCAGGACAGUCAUCUGCGACAGAGCCUCGCCAGGAGCCGCCUAUGGGGAGAGUUAUCCUGGAGCCAGAGGAGGCGAGAGCCCAGAGACAGGCAGAGAGAGAGGCGUUCGAGUUUAGAGCCCCUACUGAGCUCGCGACGCUGCCGGUGGCGGCGGCAGGCCCAGUCGUACCUUUGGCAGUAGAGGAGGGGCUGCCACCAUCUAGCAGUUACGGCAUUGGGUUGCGGAUACGAAGGUUCGGGCAGAGUGGGACACGAGAGGUGGUGAACUCUGCCUGGGCAGAGUGGGACAGAAGAAACCGCGGUGGCGGGGCUGGCCUGAACAACACAAACAUGGACUGCACGCCUCAGCACCUUGAGCUGACGGGAAAGGCCGAUUUGGAAGUGAGUUGAUACUCACUCCGCUGCCUAUAUUGGUAGCACUAGUUGUCRUGUCURUGUGGGAGYGCAGUUUAGCGCAUGRYGGGGCACAGRCGCUGAGCAAGGCGGUCAGCGACACCGUGAGCAAGGCGGUAAAUAAAGAGAAAGAAGGAAAUGAAUUUGGACAGGGCUC